AUGACUUGGAAGCGACUCCCCAGCACCUGCAGCUGCCCCGCGUUGGCCGCCUCCUGCUCCCUCGUGCAGACCCAGCCGCGGCUCUUCCAGGCGUUUCUGAUCAUCCCCGCCCGCCCUCCUCAGGCUCCCGGUGUUGUCAUUCAAAUGCGCUUGUUCCGCUUGAGUUUAGGUGCGGGAGGGUUUAGUUGCCCUCUGAGCCGCGAUGCUCGCAGCGCCCCGGACUUUGUCAGAGAUGGCAGAAAGGACGGCAGGAAAACGCAGGGGGCCCACGCUGCGGAGCGUUCAAACGCGGAGGUGCGCGACUGCGGCGCUCGCCCCGCUCCGGAGGUCCCCGGCCACCGCUCGGGACCCGCGGAGCUGCGGCCAGAUGGCAAUGCCCAGCGGCUGCGUGCCCAGCAGCCGGAACCCCCCGGUCCCCGGAGCCGCACGGCUGCCAGCCCCAAAUCCAGCCUGCGGGAGAGGACAGCGAGGGGACCGCUGUGUGCUGGCUGCUGCCGCCUUACCCUGAGCCACCCGCCCGCAACGCCGCAGAGAGCAGGGCCGGGGCCGGCGGCGCAGCAGGGAUUUUCCCCCAGGGGCUGCGGUUAUGCGGUGAGGACCCGCGCCUUUUUUCCUGGCUGUGAAAGCAGGGCUUUGCUGGGGAGGUCAGUGCUGCUGCUGAUCGAACACAGCCAGAGGUUUGCCCAAGAUGGACCUGGAGUUUGGUUGGGCAGGAGCCAUCCCACCGCCCCGGGUGGGAGUGGAGAGAUGAGGAGCCCCAGCAGGCCAGCAGAGCUCCGCCACAUGUCCUUAGGGGAGAUGGACUGCACAACCCCACGAGAUCAGGAGAUGGAGAGGAGCGCCGUGUCCUUCCCUUUGGCCUGCCAGAUGUCCUACGGCUGAUACCAUCCACGCUGCUGCUCUUCCAGUGUGCUGUGGGGUGAGACCCACGGCCAAGAGACCAGGGCUGGGGCUGGAGCAUCAGGACCGCUCCACACCUCCAGCCUCCCAGUUCCCCAUGCCUCUGUAGGGCCCAGCCAAGGAUGUUUCUGCCCUGAGACCAGAGAAAGCUUCAGUGGCAGACACGGGAGGACGGGGCUGCCUGGUGAGUCCGUGCCGGGUUGUACUUGUUGUGAGCUGUGUUCCGAGGAGCCCCCGGGAAGGUUUUGAUCUCCUGCUCUGCUCCUGUGGAUGAGUGUGAGCAGCGGGGUCAGCAGGGCACUUUUGAGGAGCCCACAAGAAGCUCGUUUGCAGGAGAAGCUCCUUCCUAGCUGUGAUUGUAGAGAGGGCUGCCCUGGCAAACGGGAGGAGAUGGCUGAAAAAGGCUGACAUCCCCUGCUCCUCGGGGCAGCGAGGCUAGAAGAACGGCGGAGGAAAGCAGACAGCUUUCUGCAAGAAAUAUUGUGCAAAAACAGCAAAAUACAUGCGAGGCUCUGCGUGCUGGCCAGGAUGUGCGUGGGUGUGGGGCUGAUUUAUUUGAUACUCCACGAGCAGAGCUCGCCCCGAGCUCCCAAGGCGGGAGGACGAGGCGGAGGCUCUGCUGCCAGCAGCUUUGCUGCAAGCCUGCAGCCGGCGUUUCUCCCCCUGGC